AAACUGUUAAAAUCGAUAGUGUAAAUCCUCUCCACGUGAUUAAGAUAUUUAAAUAUUUUCGUUGUGAUCAUUCAAAAGUAAUAUGUUGGAUUAUUCUUAAAUCAAUAAGGCAGCGACAGGUAGAUAGACCUGUGGUGUACCUCACUCUGGAUUAUCUGACCGCUGAUAACAGCCGUAUAAAGACCGUAUUGAUUUUGUCACACAAAAAUGAAGCCAUAACGAGGGGAUUUACUGGUAUAAAGAUCUAAUGGAGAGCGUCAAGACAUUCCCGGUCAAGUGGAAACAGCUAUGUCGAACAAACGCCAGGAUCAAGUUGGAACAAAUGGAUUUUUUAUUUGGACAUAUGGAAAGUUUUACAUGUUUUGCUUUAUUGCAGUUAUAUGUUUUUUCCUAUUGGAAUAUGCGGACUUCUCGGGAUCAAUUAGUAUUCAAACUUUACCAAAAAUGAUCAAACACAGUGAAAUGAAAGAGAUUCAUCAAGAUGUAUUAUUAGGAGUAACCAAAGGCUUGCGUUUUCCCCGGAAAACGACAGUGAGUACUGUAGCUAAAAAUACGGCAACAAAACCGAUCUCUGCUAAACAGGUUACUGCUAGACAAUCAAAUAGUAGUCAGGAUUUGACUGACUUCAAAAAGACACAUUUUAUGACCGCCAAUGGUAAAGGUCGUCUUGGAAACCAACUAUUUCAAGUAGCUUGUCUCAUUGGUACCGCAUACCGCCAUAAUUACACACCGUUUAUUCCACGUAACCAUCGCCUGAACCGUGUAUUAGACCUGAAACAAGCAAGGGACAUACACAUGACAAAUACUGCUAGCUUAGGGGAGGGAAAAGCAAUGGCUUACAACAGUCAAGUUGAAGCAUUAUCCCAUGAUAAAAACUGGACGUUAAAUGGAUAUUUUCAAUCAUGGAAAUAUUUUCAUCAUUGCAGACAUGAAAUCACCAGCUCGUUUAAAUUUAAGCAAAAUACAAAAAGAAAAGUGAUUGAAAUUCUUAAGACAGUCAAUGCCAAAGGACGGCCAUUGAUAGGUGUACACAUUAGGAGAGGUGAUAUGUCGACGAGUUUUGAAAUGAAACGAGGCUACAAUGUAGCAACACCAGAAUUUAUUACAAAAGCAUUUUCAUAUUUUAGAAACAAUACAAACAAACCUUUAUUCUUAGUUGUGUCUGAUGAUCCCCGGUGGUGUAAAGCUCAUGUUCAAGGACCGGAUGUUAUAUACGCAGGAACCGGAAGUCCGGAAACUGACAUGGUGUUAUUAACAUUUUGCAAUCAUACAAUUAUCACCUCUGGAUCGUUCGGGUGGUGGGGGGCAUAUCUAAGUGGGGGUAAAACAGUUUAUUUCAGUGAUUUUCCUCGUAAGGGAAGCUGGCUAGCUUCAAUAUAUAACCGUGACGAUUACUAUCUCCCAGAAUGGAUUGGGAUGCAAUAGAUAUGUAUAUGCUGGUGUGAGCGUUUUAGUGUUUGACAUUAAUGUCGAAUGUUUAAAAAAAUAACACUUUACGUUAGUGACGUCAUUAUUUCCCUUAGGAUGUACUUACUUGUCUGAUGUUCGGACUCCUUUAUUUUUUUCCUACGAUACAAAGUAAAAUAUUUUGCCCCAUAACACUCAUUUUUCUUUUCAUAUAAGACUUCAAUAGCCCAUAAAAGGUCAUUUACCAAAAUUUAAGCAGAUUCUAGAAUUCUAUUAUUUCAAUUAGAGACCCAAAUAAUACCGAUGCAAAUAUAGAGUAAAAGUCCGAGCCAGCCUUUUCCCUUCAUCUUUGAAAAAUUAGAUAUCUGGAAAAGGAGCUCCAUAACCUAUCAAUAUUUUUAGCUUAUUUUGUUCCUUUGCUUAUGUUCUUCUGACUUAUAGUAUAAAUUUUGAAUUCUAGAUUUUUUUAAUUCACCUAAGUACAUGCUUAAGCAUGCAACAGAACAAACAAUCCGUCUAAACUUGUGCCACCUGUGCACAGAUUAAGCUGUUUUAAUGACAAAUAAGUAAUUUGAACACCUGAUUAUUUGAAUAUAUUUUCGUAAAAUUAAAAUUGAACUGACCAGUUGCAAAAAAGUGGUUAAUGUUGGGUUGUUGUCUCUUUGACACAUUCCCCAUUUCCAUUCUCAAUUUCAUUAAAACACGAGUUGUACCGUCUGUAAAUUACUGUUGAAAGUACAUGGUCAAAAUAUAGAUCAGUAUAAAUGGGUAGCUCAAGAAGGGUUUCGUGGAUUGUAGUCCUCCUUUUUUCAAAUAUUUUUUAAGCGUCAAAAUCGACAAAAACAGCCGUAAACCUUAUUUUACCUGAUGGAACCACGCUUGGAAAAAAUCAUAAAUCCACGCAUGAGACUCUUUUCACAAAAAGUCUUACGACUUAUAUUGUUCGUAAGUUAAUUUUUUUCUCGUAAGAUGUUUUGUGAAUACCGUCGUUUUCUGUUUGCAUUUUUUUUUUAGGGAGCGUGGGGAGGUAAUGGGAGGGUCACUCUUUCAAUUGACAUUAUUUACGUUUGCAUUUCCCAUUAUUGAUGAAGAGAUGCGUAAUGAACGUGGUUUCUCGUGCAAAUCUAUUAGAACAUUACGAACCAUCGAAACUUUUUCAAUCCCUUGUGAGAGAACGUGUUGGGUGAGAACAAGAGAGCAAGAUUAUGAACUUUGAGUGGUAUUUUGGAACUCAGUAUAUUUAGUUUUAUCAAUUAAAUUAUCACGACCAAAAAUAUCAUGAACAUAUGCAGUAUUCGCGAAUGUUAAGAAUUUAAAAUAUUUGUCAUUGCCUUAAUAAUUUUAUCGGAGAAGUGUGAACUAUGAACUAUCGAUGCAUGAAUUAUUUUUACCAAAUCUAUUUAUGCAAAUUAUUAUUUUUAUAAGUUUUGUUAAUAAAAUAAAGAU